AUGCGACGACUAUUGGACUAUGCUGCUGAGCGACUUCAUAAAGAUCUGCUGAUGCUCAUUGAAGAACGUGAUCGGGCGAUUCACGCCCUUGAGCUUACUCCUGAGCAGGAUGAUGACACUGUCUUCUCAACACAGACCUGCAUUUAUCAGAGGAGAUAUCGAGAUAAGCUAUUGGAGAACAAGCUUGCCCUCGACAAACGUAUCGACCAGGUGUGGUUGAAGCUGAAAGAUAUGGCCGUCGAAGGCCCCAUAGCACAAUUCGUCUACAGCGUGCGACAUAGCUCCGAGUUGACAUUGAAUGUGAAAAGACGACUGAGUCUACGAAGAGAAUCAUUACCGACACCAAAAAAGACCCGUAGCGAUAUCGAGCUGGUUUGCGAUUUCUCACGUCGAUUAUCGCUCGUACGCGAUCAGCUGAAAGAACGAAACUUGGAAGUAGAGGAAGACUCGAGUCGCUCAAUGGAGAGCAUGCUCAGUGCAGUGUCACGUAUCAUCAGUGGCUCUGAGAAAGCCGCCUGCUAA